CACUUAGUUACCUGGAACGUGGGCACAGCUUCUCCACCUCCCGAUGUCACUAGUUUACUUCAGCUCGACUCACUGGGCCCAACUAUGGAUAUGUAUGUUAUAGGCUUACAGGAGGUGAACUCAAGAAUCACAAAUUUUCUGUCUGACUUGGCAUUUGAUGAUCCAUGGAGCAUUUUUUUCAUGGCUGUAUUGUCUCCAUUGGGUUAUAUCAAGCUCUCCUCCGUUCGCAUGCAGGGGUUGCUGCUUCUGAUCUUUGUGAAGCACGUCCACCUCCCUUUCGUACGGGACAUUCACACCCACUACACUCGCACAGGCCUGUAUGGAUACUGGGGGAACAAAGGAGGAGUCACUGCUCGCAUGUCCCUCUAUGGUCAUACAAUUUGUUUCAUGAACUGCCACUUGCCAGCUCACAUUGAGAACACAGAGCAGCGACUGGAUGACUUUGAGAAGAUUCUGGAAAUGCAGUUUGAAGGAGAAAAUAUUCCAAGUACCUUGGAUCAUGACAUUCUUUUCUGGUUUGGAGAUCUAAACUUCCGGAUAGCAGAUUAUGGCAUACACUUUGUCCGGGAAUCAAUAAAUAACAAGCGUUACAAUCUGCUGUGGGAAAAGGACCAGUUAAAUAUGGCAAAAAAGAAGGAGGCAUUUCUUCAGGAAUUCAUAGAGGGUCCUCUGCAGUUUAAACCCACCUACAAGUUCGACCUUUAUUCGGAUGUAUAUGAUACAAGUGAGAAGAAAAGAAAGCCAGCAUGGACUGAUAGAAUUCUUUGGAGAGUGAAAAGUCUCUGCCAGCAUGCAUCAAAAGAAGGUGAAUUCUCUGAAGAAGAACAAACAAUUUCUGUUACUUUGAAUAACUAUAUCAGUCACAUGAGCUAUGGCAUCAGCGACCACAAACCUGUUACAGGAACUUUUGGGCUUGAGUUGAAGCCUCUUUUAUCGGAUCCUUUGGUCACACUGAGUCCUGAGGGUGAGUGGAGUGCGGAACAUGAUGUUCUAAUCAGCUAUUCUGCAGUGCCUGAAUUCCCAAGCAGUGCUUGGGACUGGAUUGGACUCUUCAAGGUGACUUUCAGGCACGUGAAUGACUAUGUUACUUAUGCUUGGGUAGAAGAUGAUGAAGUUUCUUCUAAUAAAGACAGUAAACAAGUUUACAUGAGUGCUGCAGAAAUACCUGAUAUGGGAGGAGAAUUUUUGCUUUGUUAUUACAGCAAUAAUUUGCAGUCAGUAGUUGGCAUCAGCCAGCCUUUUCAGAUUCAGCCUCACAGAACAUUAAUAGAAAAGGAUGUGACACAGGAGGAGAACGAUUGGAUGCAGAAACCUGACAAUCUGGAAUCGCAUAAUGAGUUCUGA